AUGAUUGUAGUUGUGGAUGCUUGCACGGACGGUACAAAUGGCGGCUGUGCGCACGUCUGCGUGAGCACGAGAAGCGGUGCCUAUGUCUGUCUCUGCAACACUGGGUACGGACUAGACAUAGACGGACACAACUGUGCGGACAUCGAUGAGUGUACAGAAUACGGACCUUGUGAACAAACCUGCACAAAUACAGUGGGCAGUUUCGAGUGUAGCUGUCGGACUGGGUUCUCUUUGGAUAGUGUCACCAACAGCAGGUGUAACGAUGUGGACGAAUGUGCUAAUACUAGCUUGUGUACCGGAGGACAGAUCUGCGUUAACUCCUAUGGUAGCUACCACUGCUCGGCGUCUGCGGUGGGGAUCUCUCCGGACAUCCAGGGGGAGGACGAAGACACCGAGGAAACAACAUCAUUGACAACUGUAGACGCAUGCUCAUACGGAACUAAUGGCGGAUGUGAACACGUGUGUGCCGCCACCAGAAACGGAGCAUACGACUGUUUGUGUCACGACGGUUAUAAACUGGACAGUAACGGACACAACUGUACUGACGUGGACGAGUGUGCGGAGUAUGGACCAUGUGACCAGACGUGUACUAACUCCCCCGGGACGUACACGUGCGGAUGUCGAGAGGGGUACAUACUGGACACCGACAACUUCACGUGUAACGUUGUUGACGCAUGCUCUGACGGCACCAAUGGCGGAUGUGAACACGUGUGUGCCGCCACCAGGAAUGGAGCGUACUACUGUUUAUGUUACGACGGUUAUAAACUGGACAGUAACGGACACAACUGUACUGACGUGGACGAGUGUACGGAGCUACGGCUAUGUGACCAGACGUGUACUAACUCCCCCGGGACGUACACGUGCGGAUGUCGAGAGGGGUACAUACUGGACACAGACAACUUCACGUGUAACGUUGUUGACGCAUGCUCUGACGGCACCAAUGGCGGAUGUGAACACGUGUGUGCCGCCACCAGGAAUGGAGCGUACUACUGUUUAUGUUACGACGGUUAUAAACUGGACAGUAACGGACACAACUGUACUGACGUGGACGAGUGUACGGAGCUACGGCUAUGUGACCAGACGUGUACUAACUCCCCCGGGACGUACACGUGCGGAUGUCGAGAGGGGUACAUACUGGACACAGACAACUUCACGUGUAACGCUGUAGACGCAUGCUCUGACAGCACUAAUGGCGGAUGUGAACACGUGUGUGCCGCCAACAGAAAUGGAGCGUACUACUGUUUAUGUUACGACGGUUUUAAACUGGACAGUAACGGACACAAAUGUACUGACGUGGACGAGUGUACGGAGCUACGGCUAUGUGACCAGACGUGUACUAACUCCCCCGGGACGUACACGUGCGGAUGUCGAGAGGGGUACAUACUGGACACCGACAACUUCACGUGUAACGUUGUUGACGCAUGCUCUGACGGCACCAAUGGCGGAUGUGAACACGUGUGUGCCGCCACCAGGAAUGGAGCGUACGACUGUUUAUGUUACGACGGUUAUAAACUGGACAGUAACGGACACAACUGUACUGACGUGGACGAGUGUACGGAGCUACGGCUAUGUGACCAGACGUGUACUAACUCCCCCGGGACGUACACGUGCGGAUGUCGCAUCGGGUUUAAGCUGAAUAUGGACAAUACGACAUGUCACGACAUAAACGAGUGUGACGAUUCUCCUGCCUGUCCAGAACCGGAAGUGGGUGUGUCUGUAUGUAUCAACACUCACGGUUCAUUCUACUGUCUCGUAUUCAACGAAAAGUCAUCCAUGCUCAAAGAGACACAACUCCUGAUGGAACAAGAUAACUUCGAGCCGUCCUCGUAUUAUGAUUCCGGGUCUAAUCCAGAAAUACAAGAAGAUUUCGUGGAUUAUUCGCUCUCUAGAAAUGAAGAUAACAUUCACGGAGAGACCGGAGAGUCAGAUGAGAUGACGACUAAAACGUACCAGUUAGGUACCCCGGAUGUUGGGAAAUUUUCUGAAAGCAAUGGUGACCUAAAAGUGGUGGUAAGUGUCCUGGCUGGAGCUCUGUGUAUUGUGCUGAUUGCGAGCAUUGUCAUCGUGAUCCGUAAACAUCUCCGUUUACGCCGUCAGAGACGGCGAGAGAGAAACAACGAGUCGUAUGCUUGA